AUCGAUGAUGGAUGUAAUGAUGUCAACUCAGCAAAAUCAAAGGAAAAUGGGUGUUUGUCGUCGACCUGCUUAUUUUGUGGUUUAAAAACGUAAUUUUAGUGUAAAUAGUGUUACUUUAAUGCUUGAAAAUAUGAAAAACAGUGCUUUGUUAUCCUGAAUUUAUGUUGGCGUUAAGAAUAGACUGUUUGGUUGUGAUGUAAAAUCGAUAAAAUUGGAUGUCGUGAUCGUGCUACUAAAAACAAAAAGAGAAAUCAAAUGCCAUCAGGAUGUACUUCUCGAUAGGAUGGCCCCGAGUAAUCAAUUGCUCAUAUAAAAACAUACGCAAAAUAUCAUGCGAUCGCGUGAAAAUUCUGUUUACGAUUCUCACCGACGAUACCUUAGCGAUUUGGUACACGAAGCCCUGUGUUCCAAUAGCAGCAAAGGUUCGAAGUCUCCAGUGCUUGGAAAAGCAUGGCCAGAACACAGCAGUCGAGUGGAAACCUGACUCCAGCAUGCUUCUGGUGGUUACGACGACUGGAACCUUGUUCAUGUACACUUUGAUAGUGAGCGAUGCUCCAAAGGGAGUCUACAACCAGAAUGAUUCACCGUUUUCUAACCUUCGGAGGGACAGUGCUGAGCUGUUCCUAAAAGAGACCAUUCCGUCUUUAAGACUUUCCCUGACGCAUCAGUUGUCGCUUUAUGUGCCCAUCUCUUGUAUUUCUUGUAUCAACGUUUCACAGAUAAUGGUAGCAACCAAAAACGGUCGCGUGAUUCGUCUGAAUUGGAACGGCAUAGAGGAGCGUGAUUAUGCUCUUGAUUUAAAACGUAUUCCGUUCAGUAUCAAUCAGCAAGUGAGCUACGCCGUUCCCAUACUGGAGAAUAAUACCUACAUAGAGUCUAUUGAUUACUCACCGCUGUUGUGUGGGUUUGCAAUCACGUUGAACGAUGGACGAGCUGCUUUUUUGACUGCAGGAAAUACGAAGUUUGAUCCAAACCAAGUACAAGGCAUUUGGUGUCAAAAUGUGGAUGACGCAACUUGUGCCGUCAUUAAUCACAAAUACCGGCUGAUUGCAUUCGGACGACGCAACUCACAAGCCAACAUGUACGUAAUUGAUGACCUGACCGGUGGGCUUGAGUUGUCGCAUCGGUUGGUUCUCAGUGCUAAGGAUUUUCCGGGAUCGCCCGGUUACGUGAGCGAACUCAAAUGGACCCCAGACGGAUGUGCUAUAAUGAUGGCCUGGAGUAAUGGUGGAAUAUCCCUGUGGAGUACAUUUGGAUCAUUGCUGAUGUGUUCGCUCGGUUGGGACUAUGGACUACACGUAGAUUUAACUAAGAACAACCCAUUCAACAUUAUUAGUAUGGAUUGGUCCACGGAAGGUUAUCAGCUGUUUAUGGUGCGUCAAUUAAAUGAACUUAUUCCAUCCGAAUUAGAUAAGUCAUCGUCCUCUUCGUCGUUGGUGUCCGCAAGUCCCAAUACCUCCACCGGUAGCAUCAAAGAAAUUAGUGAAUCUGUCCACAAACCUACGUUAAAGCGAUCCAACAGUUCUGGAACUAGGACAAUGCUCAUUCAAUUGGAUUUUGUAAAAAGUAUCCUUACGAUUAACCCUUGCAUGAGUUAUAAUUCGUAUUUGUUGUUGCAAGGAGACGAUAAGCUGUAUAUAAACCAUGGAGAUGUUUUACAGAAUAUUUACCAUAAUACGAACGCAUACUGCAAUGAUAGCAAUGGAAAUGCUUAUUCUAAGAAUCUACCCUACACUGGUUUAUCGAAAGAAGAUUUAGAUUAUAUGAGGAAUAUGGAUGAAAAUAAUGCCGAAAAAUAUGUGCAAGUAAAUAGCAUAUUGUCGGAAAGCAAGCACUGGGUGGUUCUAAAUCUUCCAACUGCGUAUACGGCAUCCAAUUGGCCAGUCAGGUACAGUGCGAUUGAUUUUCUUGGGACUAGUGUAGCAGUGGCCGGGCGAACUGGGGUGGCAUUAUAUUCCUUCAGCACCCGCAAGUGGAAACUGUUCGGCAACGAAACCCAGGAGAAAGAUUUCGUGGUUACCGGUGGUCUGUUGUGGUGGAAUGAGUUUGUAAUAAUGGGAUGUUACUCACUGAUCGGUCUUCAUGAUGAACUUCGCAUCUAUUCAAAGGAAAACAAACUAGACAACCGUUUCGCCAGCAUAACAAAAAUGAAUGCUCCAGUGAUGUUGAUCAAUUUGUUCAAAGAUCAAUUGAUCGUGUUCACCGCUGACGGGCAUGUUACCGUUUUCUCAUUGCUGGAAGAUGACAGACAUCAAGUAGAGCUGGAAAAGAUGCACAUUUACGACAUUAAGAAUGUAUGCAUACAUCCAGCGUGUGUGAUUUCGGUACUGAUGACGAACUUGAGGAAUGAAGCCGGUGUCAAAAACAGCUAUGACAACAGUCUGUCGGAAACAUUGAUCCUGAAUGUAUCUGGUCGAGUGCUGAUGGUUCAAACGGAUUAUAUUGGAAACGCCACGUCACAAUUGGCGUCCACGUGCUUGGCUUCAUCGGUGGAAUGCAUAUGGGUGUCCGACUCGAACAAGACUCACAUAAAAGAAUCUCUAUGGUUGUAUUGUGGUGGUCACGGAAUGCGCGUUUGGUUGCCAGUUUUUCCAAGGAAUGGAGAGACCGGAAGUCGAAGCCAUAGACAUACCUUCAUGAGCAAACGCAUCAUGCUCUCGUUCACUCUGAAGAUCUAUCCACUUGUGAUCCUAUUUGAAGACGCGAUGAUUCUAGGAGCUGAAAAUGAUACCGUGUUAUACACAAGUGAUUCGACUCUGUACUUUUCGCUGCCGUAUUGCGCAUUGAAGCGAACAAGCCAAGUAUAUUUGCACCAGAUUCUUCGCCAGUUAAUCCGUCGAAAUCUUGGAUACAAUGCAUGGGAAAUCGCUCGAUGUUGUACCAAUUUGCCGUACUUUCCUCAUUCUUUAGAACUGCUGUUGCACGAAGUACUCGAGGAAGAGGCCACUAGCAAAGAUCCUAUUCCGGAUGCGCUUUUGCCGAGCGUAUUGGAGUUCAUUCAAGAAUUUCCGGUAUACCUGGAAACAGUGGUACAAUGCGCUAGGAAAACUGAAAUUGCUCUAUGGCCAUAUUUGUUCUCGAGUGCUGGUAAACCAAAGGAAUUGUUUCAGCAAUGUAUGGCCGCAAAGCAGCUGCAAACGGCUGCCAGUUAUUUGAUAAUCCUGCAAAAUUUAGAGCCAUCGGCAGUGAGCCGCCAGUAUGCAACACUGCUACUUGAUACAGCAUUGGAACAGAGGAACUGGUCACUGGCGAAGGAUUUAGUUCGUUUUCUUCGGGCAAUUGAUCCCGAUGAUGUGGAAUCGCCUCGUUCGUCGUAUGUGUUCGGAAACAAGUUUGGAAUGAAUGCAGCUGGUCCUUCCGUAUCGCCAAAUGCCGAAGAUCUGAGUCUCAUUUUGGGAAGCAGUAUGACGAGGGGUAGGAGUUUUUCCACAACAGCGAAUCCCAAAUCGAAUGAAACGGUUAACAAUGCAACCAUAGUCAAUAAGGAUAAGAACAUUAUAUUCAACAAUUCAAGCAGUAACAACAAUGUUGAUACCACCGUAGUACAAAAAAGAAAGAAAAGUGUGCCAAAUACUCCUAAGGAAAGGGAUUCAUCUAGUGCUGAGGAUUUCUUCAUCGAUGUCAUUCUACAACGCCACGCACGACGGUUUUUGCAACUAAAGAAACUGGAGGACUUGGGUCGUAUGAGUGCCACGCUGGAUUUCCAUCUAGUUGGAUACCUAACGCGAGAAAAGGAUCGUGCAGCAAGAAUCGAAGACUUCGUUACGGCUUUGAAAACCUUACAUGACGAACUGGAUUGGCCGAAGCCUUGUUUGGAUCUUAGUUUGAUUCAGAACGGGCCAAGUUUACAUCAACCGGAAUCUCCGGCCUCGAAUGUGUCAAACAAGUCCGCGUUUGAUGUUGCCCAAAGAACCGAAGAUUCUGGAUACAAUAGUUUGUCCAUAAACAGGCUGACAGACGGAGGAAUCAAUGAAAGAGGAGAUGACUCCAAAGUGCUGAUCGAUCCGCUGAUUGCUAUGACGAUUGCCAAGUUGGAAGGUGCUGCUAACGAUGGUAAGGAACUGUCCUUCAUCGACACAAAAGAAGCCAACUUAUCGCCCAUGAACGACAAUGUCAGUGUACGAUCGGACCACGUCGUGGCUAAUUGGGCAGAUGACGGAUGCAAUUCAUUGAAUCAAGAAAUCGAAGACAGCUUCAAUAGAGCUAUGGAGAACAUUUCCAAAAACAAUGGAAACUCCAAAAGAGAACAGCAUAAAUUGGAGAUCAAAAUGCGGUAUUUGUUGCAGAUUUUUACGGAAGCCAAUUGUUACGAGUUUUCUUUGUUGUUGUCGGUCCUCUUGCUAGAUGUAGCAUCUGUUUGCCGAAUAACCAAUGCCGCGAUACGAUCGAAAUCCCUCGUGGUAUGUCGUCAAUUGAGAAACGGUCUCAAAGAUAUGACAAGAUGGAGCUUCAACGAGUGUCUCGGUUACCGUCCGUUCAUGAUAGCGUUACAACCCCAGCUGGCUGUGCUUGAUAAAUUUGUGAUUCAACAAGAAGCAAUUCCUUCGCUUACAACAACAACCAAUACUAGUGUGCAAUACAAACUUCCACUGGGUUCAAUCCCCACUGAUUUGGGGGUAAUUCCAGAAACUGGGGCUGGCUCGGUGCAUUCCGGUAAUACCGAUAAUAAUUCCCGUAACAAACAUCCAAAUGUUGCGAUGGACAAAGUUGAUGGAAGGUCACGUCAUCUGUUGGAUAAGAAAAGCAACACCGUGCUGGAGAUCACCUACAAUAAACGGGAUCGUCUAGCAAGCGUCGGAAGUGGUGAUAACAAUACAAGUACGAGUAAUUCUAGUGCUAACAUUCCUAGACAUGCCGGGAAUUUUGUUAGAUCAGUGUCUGACUUGGAGGUGGAGAACAUUCGUAAAAUGGCAUCCGGAAAGGGUGGCGACCGUGGUUCAGUAGCAUCGAUGCCAAUUACUGAAGAACCUGAACGAGCUUCCGGCUGUGUACUGAUGUAAUCGAAAAAAAAACAAUCUAUUGAGUUUAGUUGCAAUUGUAUUUAUUCAAAUGUUUUAACCUAAGAGGAUAGCUCACUGUUUACAAUUCCACUCACAACCUGUACUCAUAUUUAAUUAGAAUAAUUACACAAAUCUAUUAAUACA